AUGUUUGCCAUUACAACAAGACUUUUUGCGUCGAAAGGUGCUGCUCCACGGGCCGCAGCAGUUGCUUCUGCUCAAAAAUUUCCAACAGGAAUGAAAAUCAGCCCAUACGCAAUGUAUAUCAAAGAGAAUUUCAAAAAUGACGCCAACGUCAAGAAUACAGAGUUGAUGAAAGACCUGUCAGUGAAGUGGAAGGAUAUGACCACGAACGAGAAGAAUAAGUACUCGGAACUAUCACAAAAACAUAACCAAAAGAAAAUUAACGAUUUCUUGAAGCUUUCCAUUGAGGAACAAUCGAAAUUAGUGAAUGAAGCACAAGAGAAAAAGGCUGAAAAAGCUGCAAGACGUCAAGCAAAAGAGCGUCGUGAAAAGAGAAAGGAAGAAGGACGUCCAACAGUUCCACCCAGUGCAUAUGCACUUUUCAUCAAAGAAAAGUUAUCCGGUGGCGGAGUCGAUGUCAAGGACAAAAUGAAGGAAGCUGUUGCUGAAUGGAAGACGCUGAGCGAUGAUCAGAAAAAGAAGUUUACCGACGAGGCCCAAAAACUCAAGGAUGCGUAUCAAGUCACUAUCGAGAAGUGGGAGGCUGAAAAGAAGGAGAAGGCUUCCAAGUAA